AUGGGCGCAAAAGCGAAGCCAUGGCGUGAGCUUGGCGCAAGGCAGCGCCGCAUCGUCGCCAACGAAGCCUGCCGCCUCUUACUUCAACGCAGUCGUGACCCUGAGGAUGUCCAAGAGAUGUUCAACCUGGUGGUAGAGGAGCUUACGGCGAACUGCAGCGAUCUCCGCUUGAUCCUACAGCGGGAUGCUGCCCAGGACACAGCCUGUGGCCUGCUACUAGAGCAGCUGGGGAAGCUACGAGCAACGGUCCCCGCCAGCACAAACCUUGACGUCCCCGUCAUCACACUCACGCAGUUGGACUCUGCUGUCACCAAGGUACCCUUGCCGCAGGAGGCCCUCACCGCAGCCGGUUACACCCUGACCAAGCAUAGCGCAGCUGCUGCCGCGGAAGGCCCAAAAAGUCAACAGCGCAAGCGAGGCCGCCGCACAAAGGUGAACAGCGUUGAGAUGGUCAGCUUGGUCCGCCGUGUGCUUGCCCCACACUUGCAGGACACCGAGCGGGUAGCAGUCGUUGGCCGCGGUAGGAACAAGAAAAUGGUCGUCGCCCAGCACUUGCCGAAGAAGCGCUACCGAGUCUUCCUUGAGGAGCCAGAGCUUCACGAGUCCAUGUCGUGGUCCACCUUCCACUCCAUCAUGAAGCGACACUUCCCUCACGUGAAGAACCCCAUGAGGCAGACGGACAUUUGCGAGCACUGCAAGCAUUUGGAGCGUCACUUGCUCCCAGCAGCUCAGAGGGCCUUGGCCAAGCACAGGCUUGAGAUCGAAGAGUUCUCCCAGCAGUAUUUCCACCCCUUCGACAGCAGCCCUGCGACAAUUGAGAACAAGGAGAAGACUGACAAGUUCCCCUUGUUGGCCACUUCUUUGGCAUUCGUGCAGCAACAGAACUUCAACGCCGCCAACUCCAGAGAAAGGCAAGCGCUUGGGCUUGCCACCCGACUUGCUCUCCACAGUGCUGAAGCGUCUGCCAUCCACACCCUGAAGGGGCAUGUGGAGCUGUUGGAAGCUUACCGCUGGCACCAAACCUCUGCAAGGCGGCAAGAAGCAGCGUUGGAACAGCUUGCUUCAGGGGAGUCGCUGCCUGCUUCCGCUGUCCUCCUGCAGAUGGAUUUCAAGGAGAACGUGAAAGUUCUCAACGUGGAAGUCGAAGUGCUCUACCUGGCUGAGCAUCACGGAAAGGGAGCUUGCGAUAGGCUCUUCGCUUGGACUCGCAUGUGGGUGUCCCGGUUCAUCCAGAAGCACCCUAUUUACAACCUGCGGGAUCUCACGCAGUGCUACCGAGAAGGCGCGGCUUCGAGGAUAGCCGACGACCCGACCACGCCAGCCAUCCUUGUCUCAAACUUCGACCCUGGCCGCUUCCGACCAACGAAGCGGAGCUUUCUGUCCGCCGCCACGCUCAAAAUUUCACGAACCUACAGCCUGGUAGCCACCUUGGACCGUCAUGCCGCGCCUGGUGUGCGCAUCGUCAACCAUGUUUUCACAGAUUUGAGGCAAGGGUCGAGGGUCCUGCCCUGCCACGUGGAUGAGGUGGUGUCGGAGGAGAAGGUGGAGUGGCGGCGCGGAUACUACGACAAGCCGCGCUCCUGGGAGCAAGCAGGGCCGGAGCCAGGUGAUGUUAACCACGUCACCCGGCGCUUUGCUGCUCAAAAGACCUUCCUCCCAGACAGAGAGGUUGCUCCAAAACGAAGCCUUGAAGAGAAAAUGUCAGCCAAGGCCAAGCAGCUCAGCAAGCACGCUGCCAAGAAGAAGCGGCAGCUGGCUGAAGGCUCGUCCUCUUCUGCAAGUAGCAGCAGCAGUAGCUCCUCAACCUCCUCGGAGAAAGCCUAA